AUGCAGUGUUCCUUCAACAGCAGACGCAGUCACUUUGUGGUGCACACUAAGCAGCUGGGGAACACCGACACACUUGGUCUCACCUACAUCUACAGCCUGGCCUUCUCACUGGGUCUCCCUUGCAACCUGCUGUCCCAACUGGGCCGCUCCGGCGGGGGUGGCUGUCAGCUGGUCUACAUCCUCCUGCUGCUCUCUGACCUCCUCACCCUCCCCCUCUAGAUCCUCUAGCUCCAGGGGGCACACCGCUGGCCCUACGGCCACCCCGUCUGCGAAUUCGUGGGCUGUGUCUUCUACGUCAAUGUCUACGCUAGCGUGGUUUUCCUCUGUCUCAUCGCGCUGAACCGUUGCCUGGCGAUAGUUCACUCGUUGACUAGUCGUGGCAUGCGGACGGUGCGGGUGGCGGCGGUGGCGGGGGUGGCGGUCAGGAUGCUGACCUUCCUGUUCUAUUUGGGCGGGCAUCUUCCGUCAGUGUUUGAUGCAGAGAAGCUGUUGUGUCUGGAGCAGUACCCUGUCAGCCUCAGAUAUGUACGCUACGGUCGUCCUGAGGUUCCUGCUGCCCUGUGGUAUACUGGGGUGAGUGGGAAACGGAGUAUGAAUUAUGCUUGGCUGACAUGUUAUGUGUGAUUGCAUAAAGAAAUGGAGUGUGGCCUACACUCUGCAAAAUGUGUUUUCUCUUUCAUGUUUUUCAAUAACACUUCGUCUGUAUGUGUCAAUCGAUAAUACUUUUAUAAAUAUGAAGUUAACACUACGAACAACUUUAUAUUAACAUUUUGUCACAUUACAUGCAGAAGUAUGCGUCAAUGAGAGGAGUCUUGUUAAAAAGUCACAUCUAACCUACAGUUGAAGUCGGAAGUUGACAUACACCUUAGCCAAAUACAUUUAAACUCAGUUUUUCACAAUUCCUGACAUUUAAUCCUAGUAAAAAUUCCCUGUCUUAGGUCAGUUAGGAUCACCACUUUAUUUUAAGAAUCUGAAAUGUCAGAAUAAUAGUAAAGAGAAUAUUUAUUUCAGCUUUUAUUUAUUUCAUCACAUUCCCAGUGGGUCAGAAGUUUACAUACACUCAAUUAGUAUUUGGUAGCAUUGCCUUUAAAUUGUUUAACUUGGGUCAAACAUUUCGGGUAGCCUUCUGCAAGCUUCCCACAAUAAGUUGGGUGAAUUUUGGCCCAUUCCUCCUGACAGAGCUGGUGUAACUGAGUCAGGUUUGUAGGCCUCCUUGCUCACACACGCUUUUUCAGUUCUGCCCACAAAUGUUCUACAGGAUUGAGGUCAGGGCUUUGUGAUGGCCACUCCAAUACCUUGACUUUGUUGUCCUUAAGCCAUUUUACCACAACUUUUGAAGUAUGCUUGGGGUCAUUGUCCAUUUGGAAGACCCAGUUGCGACCAAGCUUUAACUUCCUGACUGAUGUCUUGAGAUGUUGCUUCAAUAUAUCCACAUAAUUUUCCUUCCUCAUGAUGCCAUCUAUUUUGUGAAGUGCACCAGUCCCUCCUGCAGCAAAGCACCCCCACAGCAUGAUUGUCACGCUCUGGCUCCGGGACUCUGUAUAGUGAGCCAGGGUGUGUUCAUUAUUUGGGUGUAUUUCUAUGUUUGUAUUUCUGUUGGGUGCAUUUCUAUGUUUGGUCAAUGACUCCCAAUCGGAGGUAACGAGUGUCAGCUGUCGGCUCGUUAUCUCUGAUUGGGAGCCAUAUUUAAUCUGUAUGUUUUCCUGUGGGUGUUGUGGGUUUUUGUUCGUGUUUGGUUGUGUAUUGACCGUCGACUGUCACGUCGUUGUUUUGAUCGGGUGAUCAUUCAAAUAAAUAAUAUGUUCACAUUCAACGCUGCGCCUUGGUCCUCCUCCUCUAUGUAUGACGAUCGUGACAGAAAAACCCACCAAGAUGGGACCAAGCAGCGUGUCCAGGAGCCGUCGCCAGGGAGAUCCCUCACAGAUCUCCUUCGCCUCCUGGACUGGGUCAAGCCGAGUGAGGAGGAGAAGGGCUUGACGCUAUGGCAGAAGGGCGAGAGGCUGGCGAGGUCUAUGGAGACCUGGUCCACGGGUAGGAGAGACGCCCCGAAAAUUUUUAGGGGGGGGCUCGAGACGUCGGACCAGCAGGAGGCCGCGAUAGAGCGGCCCAGUGGGUUGCUGGAGAAGGCCGCCGGGUUACGGGGGCCACUGGUCAAAGAGGGGAUGGAGGAAGUGGAGGCACGGCGAGAGGUACUGGCGUGUGUUGCCAGUCCGGUCCGGCCCGUUCCAGAUCCCGGUGUGGGGCCAGUGGUGUGUGUCCCCAGUACAGUCCGGCCCAUCCAAGCUUCCCGCACCAAGCCAGUGGUGUGCGUCGUCAGUCCAGUCCGGCCCGUUCCUGCUCCCCGCAUCAAGUCUGUGGUGCGUCUCGUCAGCCCGGCUCUGCCCGUUCCUGCUCUCCGCACCAGGUCUGUGGUGCGCGUCGCCAGCCCGGCUCGUCCCGUUCCUGCUCCCCGCACCAAGUCAGGGGUGCGCUUCGACAGCCCGGCUCGGUCCGCUCCUGCUCCCCACACCAAGCCAGUGGGGUGCGGCGUCAGUCCGGCACGGCCCGUGCCUGUUCUCCGCACCAAGUCUGUGGUGCGUUUCGUCAGCCCUGUCCGGCCCGUUCCUGCUCUCCGCACCAAGUCUGUGGUGCGCGUCGCCAGCCCAGUUCGGCCCAUCCAAGCUCCCCGCACCAGGUCAGUGGUGCGCGUCGUCAGCCCGGUCCGGCCCGUUCCUCCUCCACGCAUCAGGCCAGGGGCGCGUGUCGUCGGUCCGGCUCCGGCCAGCGGGGCUGGACAGGACCAGGGGUACUUUGGGGGGUUGGAGAGGAGGUGGGGAUCAAGGACGGAGCCAGAGCCACCGCCGAGGAGGUGUGCCCACCCAGCCCUCCCUUGUUUAGCCCGUAUUGAGGCGCGGUCGCAGUCCGCGCCUUUAGGGGGGGGUACUGUCACGCUCUGGCUCCGGGACUCUGUAUAGUGAGCCAGGGUGUGUUCAUUAUUUGGGUGUAUUUCUAUGUUUGUAUUUCUGUUGGGUGCAUUUCUAUGUUUGGUCAAUGACUCCCAAUCGGAGGUAACGAGUGUCAGCUGUCGGCUCGUUAUCUCUGAUUGGGAGCCAUAUUUAAUCUGUAUGUUUUCCUGUGGGUGUUGUGGGUUUUUGUUCGUGUUUGGUUGUGUAUUGACCGUCGACUGUCACGUCGUUGUUUUGAUCGGGUGAUCAUUCAAAUAAAUAAUAUGUUCACAUUCAACGCUGCGCCUUGGUCCUCCUCCUCUAUGUAUGACGAUCGUGACAAUGAUGCUGCCACCCCCGUUUUUCACGGUUGGGAUGGUGUUCUUCGGCUUGCAAUAACCCCCUUUUUCCUCCAAACAUAACGAUGGUCAUUAUGGCCAAACAGUUCUAUUUUUUUUUCAUCAGACCAGAGGACAUUUCUCCAAAAAGUAAGAUAUUUUCCCCAUGUGCAGUUGCAAACCGUAGUCUGGCGGUUUUGGAGCAGUGGCUUCUUCCUUGCUGAGCGGCCUUUCAGGUUAUGUUGAUAUAGGACUCAUCUUACUGUGGAUAUAGAUACUUUUGUACCUGUUUCCUCCAGCAUCUUCACAAGGUCCUUUGCUGUUGUUCUGGGAUUGAUUUGCACUUUUCGCACCAAAGUACGUUCAUCUCUAGGAGACAGAACACGUCUCCAUUCUGAGCGGUAUGACGGUUACGUGGUCCCAUGGUGUUUAUACUUGCGUACUAUUGUUUGUACAGGUGAACGUGGUACCUUCAGGCAUUUGGAAAUAUCUCCCAAGGAUGAACCAGACUUGUGGAGGUCUACAAUAUUUUUUCUGAGGUCUUGGCUGAUUUCUUUUGAUUUUCCCAUGAUGUCAAGCAAAGAGGCACUGAGUUUGAAGGUAGGCCUUGAAAUACAUCCACAGGUACACCUCCAAUUGACUGAAAUGAUGUCAAUUAGCCUAACAGAAGCUUCUAAAGCCAUGACAUCAUUUUCUGGAAUUUUCCAAGCUGUUUAAAGGCACAGUCAACUUAGUGUAUGUAAACUUCUGACCCACUGGAACUGUGAUACGGUGAAUUAUAAGUGAAAUGAUCUGUCUGUAAACAAUUGUUGGAAAAAUGACUUGUGUCAUGCACAAAGUAGAUGUCCUAACCAACUUGCCAAAACUAUAGUUUGUUAACAAGAAAUGUGUGGAGUGGUUGAAAAACGAGUUUUAAUGACAAAAAUAAAUAAAUAGAGUUUUAAUGACAACCUAAGUGUAUGUAAACCUCCGACUUCAACUGUAUUUAUCUGACAUGACCUUUGACCUCUGUAUCGCUCUCCCGCACCCUCCCCUUACAGCUACACUUCUGCCCGCAUAGGUGUGACUCUUCAACACUCGCCAUCCGUCUCCGACCAGGGCCAUCACAAAAUCACAGGCAUCCUCGUCAUCAUCACCGUCAUCGUCGUCUUCGGACCCUACCACCUCGUCGGGGGGGUACCGUUUCAUUUCCCUGCUCCUCAUAGACGACCCCUCCGAGUUCGAGCGGUCCAUUUUCCUGUGUUACCGGCUGUGCUACAGCCUGACGAGCCUCAACACCCUCCUGAACCCUCUGUUCUACAUCUUCCUGUGUCAGGACGCCCGUCUGGAGCUCCGCAGGUCCCUGACGCCCUGUCUGGGACGGGGGCACACAGCCCCCAAACAGGUCAGACUCAGUCUCAGAGGGCAUCCUUAUUAG